AAUUGAUACUUUUGUUCGAUGCCAACUUCACUAUUAUGUGCCUCUAACACAGAAAUUGAUCAGUGAUGAGCCAGCCGUAUGGAUACAGAAACAAGCACAAGAAUUGAUCAAGAAAAGAGUCAAUUUGGGUUAUACAAAUCGAAUGGAUCUAUUGCAACUGAUGCUGGAAUCAGCAUCAGAUGAGGAUUUCAUUCAAGUAUAAAGAAAUUUUCCUUCUGAAUAGAUUCUUAAAGUGGAUUGACUAUUUUCUUAUGGAUCUGAACGAAAAAAGAGACCUUAUAUUUUACUAAUAGUAGAGGACGGAGAAGAGAUAUGACUGAUGAAAGAUCUGUUUACAGGAAUUGGUUGAGAACGCAUGGGAGAAUAUAUUGCUCAAACUUUUUCUUCAUUGCAAACAAGGAGCACUUCAUCGUUUGUUGUAAAAACUGAUCGAAAACGAAAAGUCCGACCAGUUUAAGGACCAUCUCUAAUUAUCCGUCUUCAAAAUUUCUUUAUAAAAAUCCACAUUUCAAAAAAAACGUCAAAAGUGCGCUAUGAUCAUGAUGACAAGCAUCGAAGCUCUUCAUAGAAUGCAGAAAACCAAGCAAUUACACCUAUAUGCACUAUAAAUAAUUUGAUUUUACCUUUCACAAAUAAUUUUAAUCAAGCUAUUAAAGACUUUUCCACUCAUACGUCGUGAUAUACGUAUGGUUGAAAAAAAUUUCAAUUUUUUUUCUUGAUUUUCUCAAAAUAUAAUUUUUCAUGAGAAAAAUGACAACAUAUACUAGAGACCAGCAGUAUACAAACUACUAAUCUGUUCUAGUUAUAAAAUUUUAAGUCUGAUACACUGAAGACAAAAGUUGUGGGCACGUAUGAACUCAUUUUUAAAAGUAGUGCGAUCUUCGUAUCUUAUAUUUUUAUUACAUAUGCUUACAUGGAAAUACCACUCUGAAAGGACUAUUGAUAGAAAAUGCUAACACCCACUAACACCCAAAUUUCUUACAAACACCCAAAUGAGUAUAACAAAACACAGAACUCGACGCCCUGACUCUACAAACAUCUACUAGCACCCAAUAAGUUAAGGACUUGGGAAAAUCAGAGGAACUCUCAAAGGACACCAACACCACAUUAACACGACGCUAACAUCCAUAAACUAUAGUUUCUAAGCUUGUUGUCUUAUAUAACUUGAAUCUCAAAUAGUGAUAUCGAUCUUCUUUGUUUUUUUUGGGUCAGUUUUAGGAGACAAAGGUCAAGAUUGAUAGUAAACCUUGACCUUUGACUCCUAAAAAUGACCCAAAAAAAGAAGAUCCAUAUCACUAUUUGAGAUUCAAAUUAUAUACGACAACAAGCUUAGAAACUAUAGUUUAUGGCCAUUAAUAAGAAAUGCUGAAACCUCCUAACACCCAAAUUUCUUAUGAACAGCCAAAUUAUGGGCAUCUCUCCUUGAUGCAUGCGAGAUUUUCAGUGGCUUCAUUCGUUCAUAUAUUGUCGUCUUGUCUACCUUAUUUCUAAUUCAUAGCUUGAUAUGGUAGUUCUGAUUUGAGUUAAAUCCAAAUAACAGUGAUCCUAUCCAUAACGUUGUUUCGUUGAUAAUUGUUAUAGGAUCAGCCAGCAUCAACGGGUGGUAAUACGGACACAGAGAUCGACACACCACUUGUGCGAAAGGUUACCAAGCAUGAGAUUGCUGCUAAUAUCUAUCUCUUCAGUGAGUAAUUUGUAUUCUUCUUAAUAAUCAUUUUUUUUAUCUAUUCAUUUCUAGUGAUUGCUGGCUAUGAAACAACAAGCACUGCACUCGCUUAUGUUUCUUAUGUUCUUGCGACUCAUCCAGAUGAACAACUCAAAUUGCAAGAGGAUAUUGAUACUUAUUUCAAUCCGGAUACAGAUAAUGAAAUCCCGAGCUAUGAAAUGAUUUCGAAAAUGGACUAUUUAGAUAUGUUCAUCCGAGAAACUCUUCGUAUGUACCCAAUUAUACCAGGUGUCAUUAAUCGACAGAGCACCAAAGAUUUUCAGAUCGACAAUUUUGGAACCAUUCCUGCUGGUACUAUUGUCAGUAUUGAUAUGUACACCUUACAUUUUGAUCCUGAUCUUUGGGGUCCAGUCGAUCCGAACACAUUCUAUCCGGAACGAUUUGCUACAAAACGACAUCCACUCGCAUGGAUUCCAUUUGGUAUUGGACCACGAAGUUGUGUUGGCAUGCGAUUUGCAUUGAUGGAAAUGAAAUUAGUUCUUGCACGCUUGCUGAAAACCUAUUCAAUUAUUGAUUGUGGUGAGCAAACAUAUCGAGCAACUGAUCAACUUGAGGAAGUAACUGUUAUUUCACCAAAAAACAUCAUCAUCCGUCUGCAGCAUCGCGAUGAAAAAAUGGUGUGA